AUGGGCUAUUUUGAUUUGGCAAUCUUACAAGAAGAAAAAAAACGAGAGCAAAAAGAAAAAAAUCAAAUUUUUUAUUUGCUUUCACUCAUAGCCGACAUUUAUCAACAUAAUUUGCUGACCCCGGUCGGCCAGGAAGUAUUAAAUUAUCUCCGUCAAGAACGGCAUUUAGACAAGACAACAAUUAAUCGCUUCGGUUUAGGAUGUAGCAUCAAUAAUCGCCAAUUAAGCCGCCUACUUUUGGAUCAAAAAAAUGCUGAUUUUUCCUCCGAGGAUUUAUUAGCCACUAAUCUGGUUUGGAUAACGGACCAGAAUCAAACUUGUGAUUUUUUCCCCGCCCACCAUCUAAUUAUACCUUUAGCCAAUACAGAGGGGAAAGUCGUGGCUUUUGCGGCACGAAAAGUCGGAGAAAUAUCCGCCGACGAAGGAAAAUACAAAUAUUUGCCUAGUUACCAAUAUUAUCAAAAAUCGGCCUUGUUGUAUAAUUAUUCGAUCGUUAAAAAAAACCGGGUCGAAGAAUGUUAUUUGGUCGAGGGAUUUUUUGAUGUCAUCAGUUUGAGUAAAUUGGAAAUUAAAAACUGCCUGGCUCUGUUGGGAACCAAUUUAUCAGAAGAACAAAUUAAACUUUUGCUCGGGUUAAAAAAACGAAUUAUCCUCUUUUUAGAUAACGAUAAAGCAGGACAGGAAGCCACAGUUAAUGUAGCCAUAAAAUUGCUAGAACGGGAAAUUGAUUGUGAAGUAGUGAAAAAUGACUAUCCAGGUGAUCCCGACGAAAUUUGUCGUCAACAAAGCCAAGAAAGCAUUCAAAUCCUACUCCAUACCAACGAAGAAAAAGAAUUAUUACGAGACGCCCAACCAGUAGUUAAAAUUAUUUUAGCUAUCAUUAGCCUAGAAAAAAAAAUUGCCGAAAAGGAAAAAGUGAGAAAAGUUAAGUCAGAAAAAGACCAAGAUGAAUUGAAAAAAUUAAAAUCCGAAUUAGAAAAAAAAAACCAAGAAUUAGCCGAAAUAGACCAGGAAAAACUCCAGAAAGGCAUAAACGCUAUUCUGGGUUCUGAGGAGUUGAACUCGGAAGGAGUCCUUUCUCUUCUCAAGGCCAUGGAAAAAUUUGAUCUUAACACUAAAUUUCGUUUUGCCACUUAUGCCGGCUGUUGG